GUAAUGAUUCACAGGUCGUCGUGCGCGGUCUCCUUCUACGGCCACUCUGUCGUAAAUGAAUAUUUGCCAUGAAGCUCCGCAAAUUCUACGAUCGCUCACUGCUGUUUAGGUAGCCUUUUCUGUCUUUCGUUGUUAUUUCUUCUGUGUACAGAGCGUAGUCUAGGACCCGGUCACGGAGCAUAGAGGAGGAGAAAGACAAAGUGAAGUGCUCUUCGAAAUCACUAGCUUCAUCAUCAAACUGGCAUGGAGGCUAGCUACCUGCUCGGGAUUCUUGGUGCCAAUGCAACUCGUAAUGUCACCAGGCUACUUUCGCGUGAGAGCCCUUUCAUAGUGCCAAAUGUGUCCUUCCAGAGUCCCGUCACAGAGGCUCAACAGCUUCUCAAAGCAUUUCCGGACGAACACGUGGGUCAUCACCCUAACAACAUCGCUGGUCGCCGCCACGAAGACUUCGGCGCCGCGGGCCCCGUGGUGGUGAUGCUGGGCUGCCUGUUCCUCAUGUUCCUCGCCGUGGGCAUCCCCACGUUCAUCCAGAAGAAGCGCCGGGAGGCGCGGGAGCGUCGCGAGGCCAUCCUUCGACUUCAAGCCACCGAGCGCAGAGAGGCCGCCGAAGGACUCUCUUUCCGCGUGCCCGCCAUGGACAGCUGAGCGACGCUCUAAGCGUCUGACCUGCAACGGUGCCGCCUACAGGCUCCUGGAAUACAUUGCUUUC